CAUGGCUGCGGGCGGCGCGGGCGCGAUGGGCGGCGCGGCCGGCGAGGCGGCGGAGAUGCCGGACAGCGUGUGCGACUGGCUGCGGGGCGUCUACCGCUUCGCCACCGACAGGAGCGACUUCCGCAGGAACCUGCUCGUCAACCUGGGGCUGUUCGCCGCGGGCGUCUGGCUGGCCCGGAACCUGAGCGACAUCGACCUCAUGGCGCCCCAGCCCGGCCUGUGACGGA